AUGGAUCAUGCCCAACGAUUGCUAGAACUAAGUUUUUACAAUCAAAGUCUGGGCAAAUCAGUGAUAGCAAAGAAAUACAGAAUAGAAUCCUCUCGAUAUUUGAAUGAACAACUGGACAAGUCCUUGACAAGAGAUAAUGAUCUGAUUGGAUUAUGCCGUAUAGCAUUAGACAACAAGUUGACCAUAUCAGAUAAGAUUAUAUGGAUGAGCUCUCAAGUUGAAGACAACUUCUUUCCGCCAGUUUUUCAAGGCUUGAAGACGUAUAUUGAUAGCGACGAGAUUUAUCAAGAGAAACUUUUAAGCGUACCAGCGGAUUUUGAACCAAUAGUUGAAUGGAAGAGUUGCACAGAGUUGCCCAAUGAAUGGUCAAACAAUGGUGUGGACAAUUUAUUUCAGGAUUCUUUAGAUGACUGUUCGUUUGUAGCUUCAUUUCUAUCCUGCAACAAUAUUGGUAUCCCUCUCAUGGAUAAAGUCAUUCCCCACAAAAACUCGUUCAAAUAUGCGGUUAGACUGACUUUCAAUGGUUGCGAAAGGUUGGUGUUUAUUGAUAGCCGUUUGCCUUUGCUUAGGAAUACUUCCAAGACUUUACGAGUGUCAAGUUUUUCUAACAAAGAUCUCUUAUGGCCUAGCAUCAUCGAAAAAGCUUUCCUGAAAAUGUGUGAUGAUGGGUACAAGUUUUCAGGAUCAAAUUCAGCCAUUGCAAACUAUGCUUUGACUGGCUGGAUCCCUGAAGUCAUUAAAACUUCUUCAUGUACAAUAGCAGAUAUUAGCCGAUUGCAUGAGGAUUUUCGGAACGGAAACGUAGUACUAUGCUUGGGAACGGGCAAUCUGACCGAGCGAGAAUGCAAACAGUAUGGAUUGAUCCCCAAUCAUGACUAUGCUGUCACUAAACUAUCAUUUACGAAUGAUUCAGAAUACAAGUUUGACAUUCGUAAUCCGUGGACUAAAGGGCAGAAAGCAGUGACAAUUACAGAUCUUUCAACCUUUGAAGUUAUCUACGCAAACAGAAAUCCUAUAAUGUUUUCGCACAUGAACCAGCUAAGCGGUAUCUGUCAAAGUCAGGUUAAUGAAGAGUUCAUAGAUCUAAUUCUUAACCAUUCGCAGUAUACCCUAGGCAAUGACGGUAAUUCUACAAUUGAUGUGAUUCUUUUCUUUGAAAGACAUUCGUUAAGAAAGAAAAUCAGUGCAGAGUCUCGUAUUGAGAUUUUCCAAUCAGAAGGCGAAAGACUAAUCUCCAGAAGAAAUAAAGCAAGCAAGGAAUGUGUUUCUAAUAAUACCAACUUUCAUUUCAUAACAAUCGAACUGAAACCGUUAGAAAAGGUAACUGUGGUAAUAGAUAUCGGCGAGUCUUCGAUUCGAAGCCAUCCAUUUACUCUAAAGGCUUUUGCCAAUGAUUCAACUAUAACUUUGAACAAAGCACUUUCUAGACCUGGUUGUUUCAAGCAAAUGGACCUAGAGCUAACGCCCUUAAACUCUGGUGGGAAUUGGGAUAAUUAUGCUUAUUACAAAAAUCCACAACUCAUAGUCACUCUUCACGGAGAUUCAACGGAUGAAGCUCCAUUUGAAUCUGCUGUUUUCAGCAAAAGUGAUAAGACCCUAUUUACGUAUACAGUGUUUUGGAAAAGUGACGAUCCAGACUUUCCUUUCAUCACUGACGCAAGCAAGAACAAGCUCGUAAGCACAGACAAUAAGUAUAAAUACAGAUCAUGUACAAGAUCAAGAGUUGUUUCUUGCGACAAAAGCUAUUUGUUCGUGCUGAGCUCCUACGAACCUGAUGCAAUUGAGUCUUUCAAAGUAUUUUUUCAAUGUUCCCACGAUUUUUCUAUAGAGUGGGCUGAGACGUCGCUUGGGCUUUUCACAAAGGAAGAAACUUUCUCCUGGAAGGACCAAUUAGUCAAGGAGUUCAUUAUUCAAGUCUAUAACCCUUCAAAGUUGAAAGUUCACGCAGUAAACACCAACAACAAACGCAGAUCAAAACUAAAUUGCUCUCUCUCAUUCCAAAACACAUUAAUCAGCUCUUUGCAAGACUACACAGACAAUCUCUAUGGAUGCUUUAUUAGCGGGAACUUGGAGAUUCCCGGCAAGUAUCUAUUACAAGUUCAUAAAAACAUUAUAUCUAACGAAGAAUGUUUGGUCGAAAUUGGAUCUAGUUCGUCAUUUGAGUUAUGGGAACAUCAUUAA